CAAACACUAUAAAUCGUUCAGUAGUGAGAUUUAUACCACAUCCGGGUCCUGUAACCGUACUAUUUUGUUUAUUACUUUACACGCCGUAUUACAAAUAAAUUUCAUUUAUUUUAUUCUAAUAUUCAAAUACAUGACACCAUGUGAUGAGUGAAAGUGUAUAUCUGAAGAGGUUUUAUCGAUGACGCUGUGUACUUAUAGCUUAGCUGUAAGUACUUAAAUGGAGUUAGCGUAGCCGUGACAGAAAACAUAUUGAUGUAUUUAAAAAGAUUCUGGAAACAUCUGCUCUCAAAUUCAUGACGUCUUUUCUGCAUUCACAUGAUUGAAACACUCGGAUGUAGGAAGAAGGACGGGUUUUUCUAUCAGGCACUCUCACAGACAGUAUAUCACGAGCUGUGAACUAAGGACAACUACAGAACGAAAUAACCAGCGAAAUGUCUAGGUACAAACUGACCUACUUUAACUUUCGAGGUAGAGCAGAACUUAUUAGAAUGACCCUUUGCGCUGCCGGACAGGACUUCGAAGAUAACCGGAUAUCAUAUAAGGACUACUUAAAGAUAAAAAGUGACUUACCCCAGAACCAAGUUCCGAUAUUGGAGUUUGAUGGCCAAACUCUUCCACAAAGUUUGACGAUUGUACGCUACCUCGCCAGAGAGUAUGGUCUUUAUGGGAACAACAAUCUUGAGUCGGCAACAGUAGAUAUAGUCCUUAACACAUUUGCCGAUACUUUUUUCGCUUAAGUCAAAGUGUUUUACGAAACGGAUGAAACAAUCAAAAAACAAUUAGCAAAAACAUUAUCUGACACCGGUAUGCCACGACUCAUAUCGAUCUUUGGGAAAAUCCUGCGUCAAAACAAUGGCGGUGACGGAUGGAUAGUUGGAACUAAGAUGACAGUGGCAGACCUUGCCUUAUACACUCUGUUCGAUGAUUUGCAAGGAAGUGCUGACCUUGCCAACAGUUUUCUGGCAGAUGCAAAACUGAAGUCACAUUUUGAUAGAGUGAAACAAUAAAAACGAAUUGCAGACUGGCUUAAAAAACGGAACGUUAGAUUACCCUGACCACGUCUAUAAUGGUUUGGAAAACUAAUCAACGGUUAUACACGAACAGGAUACUAGGACACGUGACUUGUAAAUGGUAUAUUGUACAACAUAGAUUCACGAGAUGAGAAUCGUUAUAAAACAUAUUUUAUUCACAUCUUUCCUUCUUCAGCUUCGUAAACUUUCACAAUACAUAAAUUAGCGUAUACGCAGUGGGAAAAGGUUCUGCUGAUUUAUGAUUGUAAAUGGGUGACACCGGACUUCUUCUGUGUUUUACAGUUCAGCGAGAUCAUAGACCGAUUAAAACUAUUGCUUGGUUCGUUCAACAUCUGGAAACAUGUUGCAUAAACAGCAAAGGGACGAUGACAAACUUCUUAUUCCAUGGAUACACAUUCAAAUUUCUUUCUCUGCAAGGUUAAUAAAAGCUAUUAAA